UUAGUUUCGACCGGAGCUAAUAUCACGUCGGACCGUUUGUGGAUCGUGACGUGGUGAUUGGUCACUAAACUGCCUCUUUAAAGUUAUCAAGUUAGCACAAACUACAUCGUUGUUAGGUCGCCGGACGUCUCCUGCAUAUACUCCGGGGUCUUGGUUUAUGUGGAAUAAGAAGUUUAUUCAGUUGUUUUGACGGGAUUCAAACUGUUUUGCUGCUGAUUUGUCUGAUAACCAGGCCUGCGUGUGUGACUAACUGACCCAAACUGAUCCGGCGGCAACAUGAAGCUCUACAGCCUCAGCAUCCUAUAUAAAGGAGCAACCAAAGCCAACCUCCUCAAAGCGGCCUACGACCUGUCCUCCUUCAGCUUCUUUCAGCGCUCCAGUGUUCAGGAGUUCAUGACCUUCACCAGUGCCUUGAUUGUUGAACGAACAUCUCAAGGGAGCCGUGCCUCUGUCAAGGAACAAGAGUACCUGUGCCAUGUGUAUGUGAGGAAUGACAACCUGGGUGCUGUGGUCAUCGCAGAUACUGAAUACCCACAGAGAGUCUGUUUCACAUUGCUGGACAAGGUAUUAGAGGAGUUUUCCAGGCAAGUGGAUAGUAUAGACUGGCCCUCUGGUAAUCCUGAAACCAUCAACUACAAAGCCCUAGAUAUUCACCUUUCUAAAUACCAGAACCCCAGGGAAGCAGAUGCAAUGUCCAAAGUGCAGGCAGAACUGGAUGAGACAAAGAUAAUUUUGCACAACACCAUGGAAAGUCUGUUGGAGAGAGGAGAGAAACUGGAUGAUCUUGUGGCAAAGUCAGAGCACCUGGGAAACCAGUCCAAAGCCUUCUACAAGACUGCACGGAAACAGAACUCAUGCUGUGAAAUCAUGUGAUGCCGCUGCCUCGUCCUCGCGGACACGCCUGUCUCUGCCUUUCUGCUUUUCCUACAUCUCCCAUCAUGCAACAGCCACCAGCUCUCAACACAAAAGGACAGAACUGACGCUGUCUAAUCCGGGAUGGGGCGCACCAGGAUGAGAGCAAGAAAGGAUGGAAGGUGGUGGCCAGUCUUAAAGUGUGACCUGUCCGGAUUGUGACUGAUGGGGGCUGAAGGAGUGAUGGGGUUUGGUCAGGGGAAGAAGUAACAUUUGAAUUAUUUUUAAACCUUUCAAAGGAUAAUAAUCUGUGCGGUGUUUCAAUACCAGCUGAGGACAUAAUAGUGUGACGUUGUGUAUUGGUGAUGUGUUGUCUUCAAACCAUUUAAUGUUAUUCAGAUUUUGAAUCAAAUCUCAAUAGUUUGAUCUCAAAUCUUGAAAUUUUUUCAAAGAGUAUUAACCACGGUUGUGCUUCUGCUUCAAGGCAACUCUGACAAUCUCACAGUCUUAUCUUGUGAAUUCAUACAGCAUGUCACUGUUUUCAGUUCAGUUCUUCAAAACUCAAAUUGUUUUUCUCAGUGGGCGUAACCUUCAUGCCCACUAGGUGGCCCUGUUUAUGUACUUUGUUCCAAUGAGCCUCAAUGUUGAGGUCAAUCUAAAAACUCUAAUGUCUGCCAAGACAGCAAGUGGCAUAUGAUAUCAAUAUCUCAAAGAAUUUUACAUUGAUUUUUAAAUCUCUAUAUUCUGGAUUGAGUUACAUGAUUUCUUUGCUUUUCUCUGUCUCAUAGUGUUAAAUAGUGAAAUCUUAAAACAUUCCCACUUUGGGUGAUUGUGUUAUUGUGUGAUGAUGCAUCUGAGAAGUUGGAGAUCAGAUGUAAAAUGUAGAAAGAUCUUUCUCCAUAGAUGCAGCCUUAUUGCUGUGUGGCUAACAUGUAACCCACCCUGUGUAAGAAUUAUGUCAUCUAGAGAGCAGGACAGGACUUGUAAACUAUUUUCUUUUACUCUGCUCACCAUGGCCAAGCUUUUCGCUCUGGUAGCCAACACAUGACACUUAAGCAGGUUUUUAGAGUUCAAACGCCCGCUGGGACUUCCGCAGUCCAGGGCUUGUCUGUACCUCUCAAACCUACCAUCUCUGGAUGUUUUACCAUCAUUUGUGAAUGAGGUGAUUCUGGGGAACCUCAGGUGCUGCUGCACUCUCUGGCCUCUUAUUGUGUGCUAGUCACGUUUCCUCUAAAAUGGGUGUAGAACAGACAUAUUGCGUGAUCAUAAACAGACAGACGAUUUCACAUCCCUCUCUUAUUUUAAAACACUCCACGGUUGACUUUUUUUUUUUUUUUUUUUUUUUAAAACUGUGAGCACUGUUUGCUCUGUGUUUAGGUCUGACUGGAUGGAAAUUUCUUUCUUUGUGAACUGCUGAUCAGUUUAAGAUGAAUAGAUGCCUUUGGUUGUGUAUUUUAAUAUGUUUCUCUGCUCUCUUUCUGCUGUAUGUGCGUGUGUAUGAUUUACUGAUAAACAACAUCUGCAGGCUGCAUUGAUGUUGAGUGCCUGUGCCUGUGUGUUUGUGUGUGUGAGAGAGAUUUGAAUUAGCUCUUUCUGCUUUUACAGUGUAAACAUUUGUGCAAUAUCACUGCAGACUGUUGGUGUCUCUCUUUAAAGCAGAGAGGAUAAAUGGUAACAUUUCUCAUAAAGGACAGUAAAUUGAAUCUUUGUAUAUGCUAUUCGUAAGACUAACUCCCAUGUGACGCUUGUCCAGGGUUGUUUCUGAGAUACUUGUCUGAUUUCUUCUCUGCAAAAAUUCCAAUUGAUGUGCUGAAUUUGAGAAUCUGUCAGAUCUAUAGAGUUAUGCUGUAGCUAUUUGCAGGUCAGGUCUCACUGACCAGUGUGUUUAACAGUCUGCAUUAAACGUUUUUGUCCAGAUGUGGUCUGCAAAUGUAAAAAGACGUAUAGAUAAUAAACAUUUUUUUCUGUCUGUAUUAA